AUGGUGCGAAAUUCGAGUUGUUUUUUCGUGUUAAUUCUUUCGGUCAGUUCCCUGAUCUAUGGAACUCAAAGUGCAAAUAUCCUAGGACUCUUUCCUAGUCUGAGUCCUUCUCAUCUGAUCAUUUCGAUGUCAGCAGCCAAGAUUUUGGCCGAACAGGGACACAAUGUGACCGUUGUCACUGUUCUAGAGCCAACGGUGACCCACAAGAAUAUCCAUCUAGUUAAAGUGCCAAUGACCAAGGAGGAAAUUAAGCAAAGGAGCGAUACCAUUGGAGCAAAACAGAAGAAUAAUAGCGGAAGUCGACUAAUAUCUAUUCUUAACAUGUCAAGUCAAAUGGACUCCAUGUUGAGGAAAAUGGCAGAUGCCCUGAAGGCCAAACAAGUUAAAGACUUGUACUUGAACAAGGGCAAUCAAUUUGAUUUGGUAAUCUCUGGCUAUUUCAUGAAUGACUACCAACUUGGAUUUGCCAGAAAAGUGAAUGCUCCCGUCGUCGUUUUGGCUCCCAAUCCACCCAGCCAGAUGCUAAACUCCCUCAUAGGUAGUCCCUAUGACCCUGUGGAUAAGAAUAAGGAUAUGUCUUUUGGCCAGCGCUUGGAUAGCUACAUAACCAGUCUAGUCUAUGGGAUAUUUGAGCGGCAAAUCGACCAGCGCAAUCGUCAGUAUUACAAGGAGCUCUUUGCCGACGACCCCAAUAUGCCGGAGUACUCGGAAGUUCUAAAGAAUACAUCCCUGGUGUUCUUUUGUUCCCAUGCAGCCAGUGAGGGAUCCAUACGACCUAAUGUCCCAGCUGCCAUUGAAAUUGGCGGUAUACAUAUCAAAGAUAAGCCGGAUCCCCUUCCUCAUAACAUAGAAGAGUUUCUGGGCAAUGCCACUGAUGGAGCUAUUCUCCUCAGUCUUGGUUCUAAUGUCCAGGGAAGCCACAUCAAGCCUGACACAGUGGAAAAGAUGUUCAAUGUCCUCUCAAAACUGAAGCAGAGCGUCAUCUGGAAGUGGGAGGAUCUGGAGAAGACACCUGGAAAGUCGGAUAAUAUACUCUACUCCCGUUGGCUGCCGCAGGAUGACAUCUUGGCGCAUCCAAACAUCAAGCUCUUCAUAAAUCACGCUGGAAAGGGAGGCAUCACCGAAGCUCAGUAUCACGGCAAACCAAUGCUUUCAUUACCAGUUUUUGGAGAUCAACCCGGGAAUGCGUUUGCCAUGGUGAAGAAUGGUUUUGGACUUACACUUAGCCUGCUGACUCUAGAAGAGCACCCCUUCGAAGAGGCCAUCAAGGAGAUCUUAUCAAACCCACAAUACAGCCAAAAGGUGGCCAAGUUCUCUUCCCUUUACCGAGAUCGUCCAACAAGUGCCCGAGAGUCGCUAGUCUACUGGACAGAGUAUGUCAUCCGUCAUCAUGGAGCUCCUAAUCUCCAAAGUCCUUUGGUUCAUAUGGACUUUAUAGCUGCGAAUAACCUGGAUCUAUACGUCUUAUUUGCUGCUGUUUUAGUUGGCCUUUUAUUGAUUACAAAAGCCUUAGUACAAUAUAUUAUCAAAAGUAUAAUCUCAAAGCCAAAUACCGCAGCGAAGGUCAAAAAGCACUGAUAAUUCUAUAGAAGAUUUAGAAUAUCAUAAACAUAUUAGAUUACUUUUUAAUUAGGACUCUUAGAAAUCUAUAGUUUUAAUAAAGUGAUAGGACUUUAGUAAGCUUACUUAGUACUUACAUAGUAUCUUAGCAAUAAACGCCAACAAUUAAAGCCC